UCAGUCUCCAAGAGCCUAUGGCCUGGAACUGAGUUUUGCUGCCAGGCACCCGGAGUCCGAGCUUCGCCUCCGCCGCUCCCCAUUGGCUGUCGUGGCGCAAAGCCCUGGAGAGCGUGCUCCUGGUCCCGCCGGAGGGAGACUGGACCUAGAGCCAGGUCCAGACGCUCGACGCCGAGGACUCAGUCUUCCCUGAAGACUCUCUUUUGUCGCUGCCAGGCUUCCCCUUGGACCUCCCCAUCUCUGUCCAGGACGCCAGUUCUGAAGAAGAAUUCGGAUUGAGAGCCAAACGGGAUUGGUGCUGGGCGUGAGACCGAGCGAAGAUGUUCUACUAUCCCAACGUGCUUCAGCGCCACACAGGCUGCUUCUCCACGAUCUGGCUGGCGGCAACCCGAGGCAGCCGGUUGGUGAAGCGCGAAUACCUGAAAGUGAACGUGGUGAAGACCUGUGAGGAAAUCCUCAAUUAUGUGCUGGUGCGAGUACAACCUCCGAUGCCCGGGCUGCCCCGGCCCCGCUUCUCCCUCUACCUCUCCGCCCAGCUUCAGAUUGGUGUCAUCAGGGUGUACUCACAGCAGUGCCAGUACCUUGUGGAAGACAUCCAGCACAUCCUGGAGCACCUUCACCGGGCCCAGCUGCGGAUUCGGAUUGAUAUGGAGGAGGCUGACCUACCUAGCUUGCUUCUUCCCAACUGCCUGGCCAUGAUGGAGACACUGGAAGAUGCCCCAGAACCGUUUUUUGGGACGAUGUCUGUGGAUCCCAGACUUCCCAGUCCAUUUGAUAUUCCUCAGAUUCGACACCUUUUGGAGGCUGUGACCCCAGAGAAAACUGACAGGCCCUUAGCCACCGUGCAGUCUCCUGAGAUCAUCACCCUACAGGAGGCAGAGCCCAUACGCAUGUUGCGGAUUGAGGGGGAGCAGGAUCUCCCAGAGGUCAGUCGAGGAGAUUUGGACCUGCUGAUCGCCGAGGAAGACGACGCCAUACUGCUGGAGGAGCAGCGGCGGCGAGGCCGGCUGCGGAGGGCGGCCCCGGCACUGGAUGAAUCCAAGGAAGAACCCCGGGCCCUGGAGGGUGAUGGUGUGGUCCCCUCCCUCUCACCUCCAGCCCCUGCACAGGUUGAAGAGACAGGAGAAGCACCUCCAGGCCAGGUCUUCCCUCCCGAGGUACAGAAGUUGACAGGCUGGGAGCCAGGGGCCCUCCUCACGGAGGUGACCCCGCCUCGGGAGCUGCGUCUACCUGCCCCGCCUAGUCCAGAGAAGAGGCCCCCGUCUCCCCUGAGGCGACCUGCCCGACGCCGCCGACGCCGCCAGUUACUAUUCUGGGACAAGGAGACUCAGAUCUCCCGGGAGAAAUUUGAGGAACAAUUACAGCCCGGAGUUCACUGCUCGGAGUAUCCCGUGGUCCAGCCCGAAAGGAUGAUCACAAGCCCGGCGGAGCUCUUCGGAACCCCGACUGUCUCUGGCUGGCUGGCCCCGGAACUACUAGCGUUCUGGACCCGCUGUGCCCAGGUGCCCCCAAGGAUGCUCAGACAGAGACCACCCCUGGAGCCUGUAGAGGCAGCUGAGGAGAGGGGCGUGGCGGACGAGGAGGACCGAAGAAAGACCGAAGGGCUGAGUGAGAUUGAGGUUCUGAGGGAGGCCCAGGAGCCCAGUGGUCCCCUCAUGCUCUCUUCAGAGCUCUCCCUGGAAGCAGCUGAAGAGGAAAAGUCCCGUACUAGCCUCAUCCCCCCAGAAGAACGGUGGGCCUGGAUGGAGGAGGGGCAGCCAGAGGCCCCAGCACUGCCCAUGCUGCCUGAACUCCCCGAAGCGCCCGUGGAGAUGCCUCCAGGGCCGGAGCUGCUCACUUCCGAGGCUGUGUUUAGGGCCGUAGCCCUGGAGCGGCAGGCCAACAGGGCGCCUGACUUCAGCAGCCUGGUGCCCCCUCUCAGCCCCCGCAAGUUGGCUUCUCGGGUCUUCUACCUGCUCCUGGUACUGUCCGCACAGAAGAUCCUUCGUGUGGAACAAGAGAAGCCAUAUGGGCGCCUCCUGAUUCAUCUGGGACCCAGAGUCCACUGAGCAAGUUCAUUAAACCAUAGCCUACCUCA